AUGGCGACGACAUACACAACCGUGCCGGCCGGGCUCACGGCCCUCCUAGAAACGCACCUCCCAAACUCCCUCCCCGUCCUCCGACGCUUGCAAUUCACCCGCUUCAAGGGCGGCAUCCGCCCAACCGCCCGCAUAAUCUUCGCCUCCGACUCGCCCCUGGCAGCAAUUCCCGACGAGGAGGCCGGCUUACCCGACAAGAAGACCAGCUUCACGGUCGCGUACCUGGACUUCGGCAGCAACAACGAGACCCAGCUCUUCGUUUACUCCACCCUCGAAGACGGCGCCGUCGCGACCGACGAGGAGAGGGAGGCCGGCGAGCGGCACAUCAUGGCGGCCCUCGACGCCGUGAGGCAGGUGAGCGACGAGCAGCCGGACAACCGAGCGUACCCCGGCGCCUGCCUCGUCGGGACGCUCGCCACCGUCACGAGGGACGUGAUGAUCAGGCGCGGCGCGCGGGUGAAGCCGCGGGCGGACUACGAGUACGAGAAGUGGCUGUUCCGGGUCGAGGAGAUCCCCGAGUUCGACGCGGUGCUGCCCGAGGGCGCGACGUGGGCGUCGGCCACGGAGCGGGACUGCGAGGUUGUGAUCUCGAGGACGACGGUUCCUCGGCAGGUCAAGACGCUCAUGUCGUUCCAGAGCCUGGUGCUCAAGCUGGCGGAUGGGACACCCAUCGCGUGGUCCUUCUUGGGCACUGACGGCUCCUUGAGCAGCCUCCACUGCGAGCCGGAAUACCGCCAGAGAGGCUACGCAAAGGCGCUCGCCGCAAGGCUGCUCAAGAGGGGCACCGGCGACUACGGCUCCGAUGGGUGGGCUUGUGCCGAUGUCGCCCCGACGAACCUGGGCAGUCGGGGCAUGUGCAAGAGUUUGAACGGCAGGCAUGCGUGGAACUGUUCAUGGAACAUCAUUGUGCUGGGCGACGAGGGAGUCAAGGGCUAG